AUGGCUCCGCGUAUCGACCAGUUGGUGGCUACCAACACUAUCAGCGACUACCUGCAACAGAAUAACCUGCCGCACCCCUCUUUCGACGCGGAUGGACCUAUCACGCUGAACCUCUCGCCACAGGCAGAACGCGUGCACAGCACUGCGAUUGAUGCUCUUCAAGAGCUGCUGGACCUGCUGCAGGGACCUAUCGCCUGCAUGCUAUCCAAGUACAAUGGCACCAGGCACGAUCUUAUUCAAGGAGCAGCGGAGGGCACAGACCUACACGUCAACGAUCCGAAACGGAUCAUGCGCUUCGCCAUGUCCUUCCAUCUCCUCUUCGCGGAGCUGCAGGAGGGCUUCGUAGCGCAUUCCGCGGGAUCAAAGAAGAUUGCUUCCGAGGAGAUCGUGCGCACUGGGCUGGCCCAGCCGUUCGACAACUUCUACGGCUCCUUUGCCAGGGGACUCGUAUUGGUACACAGCACCGACAAGACCAUGUUCGACUUCCUGCGCACGCAGCCCUCCAAGGCUGACCAGUUCAACAAGGCGAUGCGCUUCUACUCGGAAUCACACCUCGUUGAGGGUUACGACUGGGACGCGCUUGACACAGGCACGGUGGUGGAUGUCGGUGGUGCAGAUGGCCAUGUCAGCCGGGCACUCAGCAAGGCGCAUCCGCAACUGAACAUGGUGGUCGAGGACCUGCCAGACGUAGUAACAGCAGCGGAGCAGGCAUCGCCGACCCAACACGUUCGAUACCAAGCACACGAUUUCUUUACAACACAGCCUGCCACGGCAGCAGAUACCUACCUGUUCCGCUGGGUGUUCCACGACUAG